UUGAUUACUAUUUUAUCUGAAGUAAAGAAGUUUUUAUUAGAGUUUUGAUAAAAGAAUUCAAAAGCACUUUCAUUUUAGUGGAAAGGAAUACAAAAAGAUAAUUUUUAUCUAGUUAUUUAAUUAACCAGAACAAUUGGAUAAUAUAUAUAAGUAUGACCUAAAUAAGAUGUCGACGCAAGGAUUUAGGGCUUCAUCGGGUGCUGACUCUCCGAAUUCGUGGUUAAAACAGAGCUAUGAUUCUGGAAGUCGCUCACAAAAUUUCGUUGAUGAUGAAGAUGAUCUUAUCUCGAGGAAAUCAAGUAGGGCAAUGAGUAUAGCUCCUUCAGUGAGGAAUGCAAGUCCGAUCAAACCAAAGAACCCGAGCGGGUCACGUGGUAAACUAGGAGACGUAUUAGAAAAGAUGCACGAGGGCGUUGUACUGUCACAGCAUGACGUAUCAGCUGCUAUGAGAGACUAUAAUCACCUUCUAACGAAAUUGGAAGAAUUGGAAGCAAAAACGAAAAAGAUGAAAUUACAAGUAUCCGGAGAAGAGUCUGAUGGCAUUGCCCCACCAGGUGAAUCUAAAAUCACACGAGACGAGAAAGACAAGUUACUGGAGCAGAUCAAAAGGAAAGACAAAUUAAUAGCUGAUUAUCAAAGCAGAUUUCAGAGGGUAUCACACAAAGCUAAGACAAAGGCAAUGAAAAACGUAUAUGUUGAAGAUGUCAUACCACCUGAAAAGAUUAUCAACAGCUUUGUGGACUUGUAUGAGAAGGAAUGGUACCACGCUUAUGAAACGCUGAAGUCAUCGUGGCACGACGAGGAGCGAGUCGUGUUUAGUCUGUUCCGAGUUGUCAGACAUGCGUACAUAUUUUGUUUUGACAUUGCUGAAACUCAGCGGACAGCUGUUGAAGAUUAUUCUGCACGAUUACAAGAAGUGAUGUUGCAGCCAACUUUUACACACCCAAUGUCUAAAUUGAAAUAUAAACCCUCAGCAGAAGUUAACACAGAGAACCAACAGUAUAUACAAAUAGGUCAACGACUGCUCAAAGAUUAUAAGAAUGUGCUUGUAAGUCAGUCUGUUCCAGCCGUACAGGAGCUGUUUCGUAAAGUAAAACUUCCAGAAUUAUUUGACAGCGGGUUUGUGAACAAAAUAGUAAGAGACUUUGUGAAUCGAACAGUUGAGUUGAUUUGGUUGAUGGUCGUGCAAGAGCCUCCGAUGAUGGUUUAUUGGCUCGAACCCAAACAGACCGUUGUGAAGGAAUAUUUCAAGUUUUACAAAGAGAAAAGAGCGUUAGUGAGACAGACUGUAUGGCCGGCUGUAUUUCAUAAAGAAGGCGGGGCGUUGCUAAGCAAAGGUGUUGUCAUGGCGGGAAGUGCAGAAGAUUUUGCUGACUGAUAUACAGAUGAAUUGAAAAGGGAAAUGACAAACAAUUUAAAAAAAUGAAGAAUAGAAUUGAAAGCUUGUUAAUUUUAAUCAUAGUAAAAUAAAU